AUGGAACAGCGCGCAAUGAAGCGAAAGCAACGGCGUGAAGAUUUGAAGAAAAGAUACGAAGAGCUUAAUCAGCAAAAGCGAAGAGAGCAGAUAGAGCAACGGGCAGCUCGUGACGCUCUGCUUCUGGAACAACAAAUAGAGAAGAAGGCACGGAUACGAGAAGGAAAAUUAAAAGAGAGUCUCGCGCUGAAGGAGAAACAGGAACUGCGCGAACACUUGCUUGCUCAGUGGGACAAGGCGAAGAAGCAUAAUCGUAGACGCCUUUUGUACUUCUAUGCACUACUUCCGUGGCGAAAGCACCAGAAUCUUAACGAACGAGUUGCACGCAAUGCAACCCGAUGGCACGAGUUACGCUCGGUGUAUUUGCAUUGGGAACGAUGGCAGGCGUUUGUGCAGGUCCGUCGGAAGGUUCAUCGUCGACACGAGCGAGCGCGAUUGGAGGAGGCUACCCGACAUUAUGUUUAUUCUCUUCAACGACGUGCUCUUCGGGGAUUAAUGCGCUGCCAUCAAACGAUGCAGGCCCGAGCGCUUUCAGUGCGUCGUCAACAUCUUUGGAAUACCCUCCAACGCUCAUGGACACAUUGGAAUGCACGACUCGCAAAGGAACGUGAACACCAACAAAAAGUCGUUUUCAAGGCAGUGAUCAAGAUGCAGCAAAUAAAGCUUCGCCGAAUUUGCGCGCGGUGGCGCGAAGUCACAAGCGAAGCCAAGUUCCGCAAAGAACUUGAGCGUGAGAAGCAGCAGCUUUGGCGUAAGGUGCGGGGAUGGCUAGACGAGGACGAGUGA